AUGGCCAACCCCUUGCGCAAGGCGGCGUUGAUCGGUUGCAAUCGGCUGCUGCUGGUGAAUCCUCCGGCGGCGGCGGCGGUGCUGAAACAGAAGCAGCAGCAGCAGCAGCAGCAUAAAGCAAUUACGAGCACCAAUCACCAAAUUAGGGUUCCUUUCAGCACUCGAGCUGUGUUUAACGAGUGGUGUAAAGGGCAUGGGAAAAAAUACAGCACCGAAAAAAUCGAAAAAUUGGCAUUCAAAAAUUUCGAAGACAACUACAAAAUUGUUUCCGAAAACCGCAACGGCUCCUUACUCGGCCUCCCUCAUAUCAUGGAUCGAUCUCCCGAUUACGUCACCGCCCGGCCAAAUACGUUUACCGCGCCUAAAUUGAACAAUGCAGAUGAAGCGGGACCGGUGAUCGAAUGCCGUUCGGUAAAAGAGUGGAAUAAGCAUUUCAAAAAGGGUACCAAGUCCAAGAAGCUGGUAGUGGUAGAUUUCUCGAACGAGUCAAUAUCAAGCCGUGCUAUUGAUCCCGAGAUUGCCAAGAAGAAGGGGGGUCGUGUUAUAUUCCUCAAGGUGGAUCUUUUGAAGCUUCGGAGUGUUGCUAAGGAAUUUAAUGUGGAGUGCGAUAAGCCUACCUUUUUGUUCCUGAAAGAUGGUGUGGAGAUGGGCAGGCUUUCCUCCGCGUGCUGACGACGUAGAUAUACAAUUGGCCGGUAUUGUAAUGCGAGAUUAUUCGUAAAACGAAGAAUGUGCAUAACUUGUUUUAUUUAACUGAAAAACUAUUUGCAGCGA